AUGAGGAAGUUGGAAAAACGGUCUGACCACAAAACAGAAUCAAAGAACUCGUCCCAGCACAACCAAGCCAAGAAGGCUCACAAGAACGGCAUCAAGAAGCCAAAGACCCACAGAUACCCUUCGCUCAAGGGCACAGAUCCCAAGUUUCGAAGAAACCACAGACAUGCUCUGCACGGAACGAUGAAAGCGCUCAAGGAGGUGAAGGAGGGAAAGAGAGAUACGGCAUAA